UUUUAUUCUUAAAAAUAGAGGUGGAAGAAUCGAAGUUUUAUUCUUAUUCCGGAGAGAGCAACCUAUGAAACAUUUUACCAGACCAGAAGAAGAGUAUCGAAUUCGAAACUCAAGCGUCUAAUAAAUAAUAAGAGACCCCGUUAAUCUAUCUCAGAAACUCAAAUGGCAGAGCCAACUUCUGAGCCCUUCAACUCUGUUUCAGAGAAAGAUGUAAAGGCACCGAAUUUACUUAAAAAAGAGAAGGAACACGCUGAGAAAUCACAUCACCAUCAUCACAAGGAAACUCACGGGACAAGCGAUGACAUUGAUGAGGACACGCCAAUAGAUGAAGUCAAAGGACCAAAUGUGUUUGAACGAAUAAAGGAAGAGAUCGAGGCUGUGGUUCAGGAAAUUCUCCCUAAGAAAUAAUCCAACCUUCUGUCAUAACUCGUUCUUGGACGAGGCAUUCGUUGUAAUAAGGUUUGAGAGAGCUGGUUUUCCUUUGGAUUGCAUAGGAAGAUGGUAACCAAAGACUUUUUUUCUUCUGAUAUUUGCAAUAACUAGUUGCAUUAUGAAAUUGAAAUGGAGUAUGAUGUAAGUUGUUGUUUCAUCAAUUCUGCUCUCUAUAGAUUACAGUCGUGUUCAUCCUUCUCUUUUACAUUGCCUAAUUAACACAUUUUGACA